AUGAAAUUAAUUUUUCUUGGUUUGCUCGCGGCCAUUGCCGCGGCGAACGCGGCGGUAGUUAAGAAUCCUUGCAAAGCACCCGGUUUCUUUGCAUUCAUCGACAAUACGGCCACUUUUUAUGGUUGUUACCUAAAUGAAGAUGGCAGUUACACUAUUAGAUAUCUAUCGUGCUCAAGUGGAUACGUUUUCAGUCAAAGUGCUGGUUACUGUGUAGUGUCAUCUGGUGAGACCGAAAGCAGCACAGUUUCCUCGAGUACAAGUACCUCCACCGCUUCUACUUCAACAACCACUACCAGCGAAGAACCCAGUACCACUACUGCAGGACCGCCUACCACACAAGAACCUACAACCAGUGGGGAACCAUCGAGCAGUCAAGAACCUAGUACUACGAGAGAACCAACAACCACCGAAGAACCAACUUCAAGCGAAAAACCGACUACUAGUGACGAACCAAGCAGUAGUGUAGCUCCUGGUACUCCCGAAGAAUCCACAACCACUGCAAUACCUACUACUACUACGGAUGGGCCUACUACCACCGAAGAGCCAACUCCUAGUGAAGGGCCUACUACAAGUGAAGAACCACCAAGUAGUGUAGACGCCAGUACUACUGAAGACUCCACUACCACGGAAGUACCUACUCCUACUGAAGAGCCUGCUUCCACCGAAGAAACUACUACCGAUGGGCCUACUACAACCGAAGAGCUUACUACUACUGAAGAGCCUGCUUCUACCGAAGAAUCUACUACCGAUAAGCCUACUUCCACCGAAGAGUCUACUCCUACUGCAGAGCCUGCUUCUACCGAAGAAUCUACUACCGAUGGGCCUACUUCCACCGUAGAGCCUGCUUCUACUGAAGAAUCUACUACCGAUGGGCCUACUUCCACCGAACAGCCCACUACUACUGAAGAGCCCGCCUCUACCGAAGAAUCUACUACCGAUGGGCCUACUACCACCGAAGAGCCUACUCCUACUGAAGAGCCUGCUUCUACCGUAGCAUCUACUACCGAUGGGCUUACUACCACCGAAGAGCCUACUCCUACUGAAGAGCCUUCUUCUACCGAAGAAUCUGCUACCGAUGGGCGUACUACCACCGAAGAGCCUACUCCUACUGAAGAGCCUGCUUCUACCGAAAGAUCUACUACCGAUGGGUCUACUUCAACCGAAGAGGCUACUCCUACUGAAGAGCCUCCUGCUUCUACCGAAGAAUCUACUACCGAUGGGUCUACUGCCACCGAGGAACCUACUCCUACUGAAGGGCCUGCUUCUACUGAAGAAUAUACUACCGACGGGCCUACUACUACUGAAGAGCCUACUCCUACUGAAGAGCCUGCUUCUACCGAAGAAUCUACUACCGAUGGGGCUACUACCACCGAAGAGCCUACUUCUACUGCAGGGCCUGCUUCUACCGAAGGAUCUACUACCGAUGGGCCUACUUCCACCGAAGAGCCUGCUUCUACCGAAGAAUCUACUACCGAUGGGCCUACUUCCACCGUAGAGCCUGGUUCUACCGAAGUAUCUACUACCGAUGGGCCUACUUCCACCGAAGAGCCUACUCCUACUGAAGAGCCUGCUUCUACCGAUGAAUCUACUACCGAUGGGCCUACUUCCACCGAAGGGCCCACUCCUACUGAAGAGCCUGCUUCUACCGAAGAAUCUACUACCGAUGGGUCUACUUCCACCGAAGAGCCUACUCCUACUGAAGAGCCUGCUUCUACGGAAGGAUCUACUACCGAUGGGCCUACUUCCACCGAAGAGCCUACUUCUACUGAAGAGCCUGCUUCUACCGAAAAAUCUACUACCGAUGGGCCUACUACCACCGAAGAGCCUACUCCUACUGAAGAGCCUGCUUCUACCGAAAAAUCUACUACCGAUGGGCCCACUACCACCGAAGAGCCUACUCCUACUGAAGAGCCUGCUUCUACCGAAGAAUCUUCUACCGACGGGCCUACUACUACCAACGGGCCUACUACUACCGAAGAGCCUACUCCUAGUGAAGAGGCUACUACCAGUGAAGAACCAAUAAGUAGUGUAGAUCCUGGUACUACUGGAGGAUCCAUUACCAAUGAAGGACCCAGCUCUACACCAGUACAUAGCACUACUGAAGGACCUGUUACUAGCGAUGAACCCAGCGUAACCAACACUACCACUGAGGACCCUAUUUCAAGUACAACUACACCGAGAGAUCCAGAGCGUUUUCAAUGCCCUUAUGAAGGUUUCUUUCCGCGUGCUGAUAGCUGCAACAAGUUCGACUACUGUACCAGGUACAGAGGCAAACUAAGGGACUUCGAGCUAAAGUGCCCUAGAGGUCAAAAGUUCAAUAAGGAUACCUUAUAUUGUGAUCCAUCGAUUGAUUGUAACAAAAACGUCUCCCAAACGGAAAUCCACCACCCCAAGACAUUCGAGUGUCAAGUGGACGGUAAAUUCCCACAUAGGAGCGAUUGCACUAAAUACUACACGUGCACGUGGAACAGAAAUCAUCAUACAUAUAUGCAAACGCCCAGCGUUUGUCCACGUGGACUGGUCUACCGACUUGACAUUGGAGCAUGUGGCUACGAGGGGCUAUUGACUUGUAUAUUCCGACCUGAAGGCUCGAAACAUCACAAACCAUGGGGUGUGAAUUCUUGUGACGAAAUGAAAACAAUUUUCCUGGGAUUAAUUUUGGCAUUAGCCAUAGCCGAUGCGGGACGUUUACUGAAUCCUUGCAAGCAGCCUGGAUUUUUCGCGCACGUUGAUAAUACAUCUGCUUUUUAUGGCUGCUAUCUAAAUGAAGAUGGAAAUUUGGAUGUAAAAUAUUUGACAUGCGCAACUGGUCACCUCUUCAAACGCACUGCCGGAUAUUGCGUGCCCAAAACUAGUUUCGCAAUUGAAGCAAGAGCCAUCACGGAUAGUAAUGACGAUGAAGAAAAUCCCACCGAACCGACAACUACGACAAAAGGUGAUAUCAUAAAACCUACAAUUCCUACAACUGCUGCUACUGGUAGCACUAUUAACGGCAACACAAAAGUAGAUAAUAAUGAUGACGAGGCUACUGAGCAACCGGAAACAACUGAAAACUCUACGGAAACUACUGAGGAACCUGCAACCACUGACGAAACCACAGUCGUCUCUACUGAAGAACCUGCAACGACCGAAGAAACUACCGAGACUACUGACGAGCCCGCAACAACUGCGAGCACUACUGAGACAACUGAAGAACCAACCACAACUGCGAGCACUACUGAGGAACCAACAACAACUGAUGAACCUACCACUACUGCAAGCUCUACUGAGACAACUGAUGAACCAGCAACAACUGCUAGCUCUACUGAGACAACUGAAGAACCAGCCACAACUGCGAGCACUACUGAGACAACUGAAGAACCUGCAACGACUGCGAAACCAGCAACAGCUGCUAGCUCUACUGAAGAACCUGCAACAACUGGAAGCUCAACUGAGACAACUGAAGAACCUGGAACAACUGGAAGCUCAACUGAGACAACUGAAGAAUCAUCCACAACGAGCGGAUCAGUAAGCACAACUCAACCGGAGAGCACUACUUUACCUGCAUUUGAUUGUCCCGAUGAGGGCUUCUUUCCCCAAUCUGGAUCUUGCGAUAAAUUCGCCUACUGCGCUAAUGUUAAUGGUGAAAUAAAGUACUAUCUGCUAAGUUGUCCCACGGGCCAACAAUUUAAUUAUUAUGAAUCAUACUGCGAUGCAAAUUUCGAUUGCGCUGAUGCAACGCGCUCACGCCGAAAAUGCGGUCAACACUUGAAGAUGUGCCAAUAUUUAGUUAGUGCAAUGAACAAUGAAGAAAAACCCGACCUGAGUUUUAAUACAAAUUCAGAGCAACGUGGCGUUGAGCCGCAAAUGCUGAAUAAAUAUUGUGCUGCAAGCAAAUUCCUAUGUCUACGAGUAUUGUAG